CGUACGAAUAAGUUGCAAGCGAAGUUAUAAACAGAAAGAAAUAGAGGAGAAAAUACUUUCCCGUGUGUCGGACGACCUGGGUCCUGAGAUAUAAGAUAAGGCAAAUGUCAAUAGGUGGGGGGAGUCUUAGUCCCCGUGUGCUAUGGACCAUGUAAUCAGCCACGCUCUCCUACCUCGGCGAUUCGCGAAGGGAAAUGUUAUGUGCAUAGUAUAAAUACAUUAGGGGGCGGGGAGAGGAGAACCCGUGUCGGCCAGGGUGACGUAGUAGAAACUGUGCAUCUCAUUCAGAGUAGAGAGGGGAGAGAAUGCUCAGCACAUCGCCCAUAGCGCACUGGUGUCCUCCCCACGGGCACUCUCAAUAACAAAAGCCGGUCCAGGUCACCGCCAGCCGCGCAGACGGGACUUUGAGCCAGUGGCACGCGGACGACGUCGCCGCUAGACCCUCCCUAGUAUAGAGACGUCCCCGUCCGUACGUAACGUCACGUCACGGGACCCGGGGGCACAGGAGCCCGUAGAUACGUACCUCCAAGGUCCUCAAGGACGGUUCAGAACACACACCGGUCACCGUUACAACUUGGGAGCACGCGACCCGGCGUAGGUUGAAGCGAUGAAGGAAAAGUCGAAGAACGCGGCGCGGACACGCCGGGAGAAAGAGAACUAUGAAUUCAGCCUUCUCGCCAAGCUCCUGCCGCUGCCCUCUGCCAUAACGUCCCAACUGGACAAGGCAAGCAUCAUCCGUCUCACCACCAGCUACCUCAAGAUGAGGGCCGUGUUCCCCGAAGGACUGGGAGAUGUGUGGGGCCAGAGAAGUAGCAGCAGUAGCGCGAUGGAUGCGAUAGGCAAAGAGCUCGGCUCGCACCUACUACAGGUAAACUCGCGACUCCUGCAGACGUUAGACGGUUUCCUCUUCGUAGUCGCACCAGACGGCAAGAUCAUGUACAUAUCGGAGACAGCGUCAGUACACCUGGGGUUAUCACAGGUGGAGCUGACAGGGAACAGUAUCUACGAGUACAUCCACCCUGCUGACCAUGAGGAGAUGGCGGCUAUCCUGACUGUUCAUCAACCCAUCCACACACAUAUCAUGACAGAUUUUGAGUUGGAGAGAUCCUUCUUCAUCAGACUGAAAUGUGUUCUCGCGAAGAGGAAUGCUGGACUAACGUGUGGAGGGUACAAGGUUAUCCACUGUAGCGGCUAUCUGAAGAUUAAACAGUACACAAUGGACAUGGCUCCGUAUGAAGGCUGUUACCAGAACAUCGGGCUGGUGGCGGUAGGACACUCCCUCCCUCCGAGCGCCAUCACGGAGAUCAAGUUGUACAGCAACAUGUUCAUGUUCCGAGCUAGUCUGGACCUCAAACUCAUCUUCCUGGACGCCAAGGUGGCCCAGCUGACUGGCUAUGAACCGCAGGACCUGAUAGAGAAGACUCUGUACCACUACGUGCACGGCAGUGACAUCUUCCACCUCAGAUACUCUCACCAUCUAUUACUGAUGAAGGGUCAGGUGACCACGAAGUACUACCGGUUCAUGGCUAAGAACGGCGGCUGGGUGUGGAUCCAGAGCUACGCCACCAUCGUGCACAACAGCAGAUCCUCCAGGCCGCACUGCAUCGUCAGCGUCAACUAUGUCCUCAGUGAUCUUGAGACGAAGGACCUCCAGCUGUCCAUGGAGCAGUGUACGCAGCGGAGCACGUUCGGCAUCGGCUUUAUCCAGGACAAGGCGAGGAGCGGCAAGUCACGAGUCGUCAAGUCGUCCAAGUCGUCACGACUCUCCCGGAUGUCCCCCUACCCACAGGUUUCUACACAGCCUGACUUCUACUCGGGCAUGGAGAGCUCCAUGGUCGCCCAGCAGCUCUCACCUUGUGAGGUGCCACCACCUGUCCACGCGUACACUGCUGCAAUGGCCUAUCCAGCGCACGAAGGUCUAGAUAGAUGUGGCACGAUGUACACAGGGUACAGUAGUCACCCUUACGACAGUUCCUGUGUCUAUCCGUUUGCUGGGAUGGACACGUGUGGACAUUACAUGGAGGAGAGAUCGCACUCCAGCUCUCAGAGGACAUAUCAUUUUGACGAGGAACGGUACUAUGCGACGCAGGAGUCAGCAACGGGCCUGUGGCCGGCACACAGACACGUCACUGUACGGCAGGAGGAGGCGAUGAUGCCCGGGAAAUUUCACAUGGGGCAUCCGGACGAUAGAAGCUACUUCACGGGGCACUGUCGGGCAUCUUGCUGCGAACCAAAACGGUCCACGGACCAAUACACGGACCGACGACCAAGCUCUCGCCACUCGGACUGGUCAGACCACAGUCGGCCUCAGGCUUCAGACACUCGGCUGACGCACGGCCGGGGCACGACGCCCGGGUCAAGCUCGUCGGACGGGGACGCGACCAUCCCCGAGGACUCGCGACAGCAGGGCGUCGGGAGAGACUAUCACGGGUCCAGUAAGAUCGACUCCCUGAUCCGCGCGACGCAACAGCUCAUCAACGAAGAGGAGCAGGUGAAAAAGACGCAGGAGGAGGCUCAGUCCAAGUCAAAAAACGCGGGCACGAAGGACCGCCACGCGGCGGUCGCCUCUGGUAAGUCCCCGAACUGCGACGCCCAGUCGCCUGUCACCAGGUUGGCGAGCCAACCCGACAGCAGGCACGGGUCCCCCUACCCCUUAGACUGUACAUCGAGAGGACAGACCGAAAUCAACGGCUCGCCAAACUGUAAUGGAGACGAGCGGUUCUCCAAGAGCUGCAGAUCAGAGAAAGACUCCAGCGGCUACUCCACCUCCCUGCACCACCUAAGCAACAUGGUGGAGACGCGAGGCCGGGGCAUGAGGCUGGGGUCCGACACUCCCACCAACGGCUUCAUCAGCUCCACAGAGCGCGCCUUCAAGGAUCAGCUGAACUCGAUAGAGAGAGACAUGAGGCCGUACAAGGCUAGCUACAGUACGUACAUCCCUGACACGGACCGGGGAGGGUACACGUCAGACUACCGCGGCUACAGCUACGUACACAGUCCCGAGGCGCGCUACUACCCACCAAGCAUCCACGGGAGCCUGCACGAUGGACAAUCCGAAAAGACGAAAAACGCUUGCUCUUACUCUAGUAGUUACAACGACUUGCUAGCCAAUAACUAUGUAUAUUGUUAAAACGCAGUGUAUACCGCUGUAUGUACGUGUAUUGACGACAACACUUUCAAGAAACAUGUGAAAUUGUCGGGCAUGUCUGUAGAAGAUUGUAGAAAGAAAUGUGCAAAACAUCUGCAACUUGUAUCCAGUGGAUACAAGAUCACGGCAGUACAUAGGCUUCUACCCUAGUAGUAAGAGAAGCAGUCCUUGUAAAUUCUGUGCUGACGGUCAGGUUUACCUGUCGUUGACAAUAGUAGUCAAUCCAUGACCGUUAAAGGUUUCGGAUAGAAUUACAUGAUUUGCUGUGGAACCAAAUUCCUCCCUGUCUCUCUCCACACCUCAACAGCGAGACACCGUGGUGAACUUGUGACAUGGCCCACCACUGACCCAGUCCCAACAAGAUGCUUCGGUUAAGGAAAUUCUUCACAUUUUCGCAUCCCAUUGAGUACGCUCAGGUACAAGUAGCCUGGGGGAAAUAUGUACUUCGGUCUUAUCGAGUCUAAUGCCCAUUAAUUAACGCAAUGAAAGUAUCAGAGUGUAAGACAAAGAGCUCUGAUUGACGUUGCAAAGAUCCCGAGUUGAUGAGGGGGGAUGAAUCAGCUAAUAAAUCAGCAAAAGGAGGGCAAGAUUUAUGCCAAGAUGGCGUCUGGCCAAACAUGCCCAGUCCGGCUGAGUUGGCCGCGCGGUUGUUUGUUGGAUCCGGGCCUGUCUGUCAGUGAGCUGACCCGUGCGCGGGGUUCAGCGGCAGGUUGGCCCGGCACACUGUAUGUAGGAGACGUUAACCCCAGGAUGACCCCCGGGGUUCCUCACAGUCAAACCUGUUUAUUUGCUUGUCCGAGAAGCCUUCUUGCCACUCAGAGAGAAUUCUUUAGUGAAGUCAGAUCUGCUUGGGAGUGUAAUAUUUUCAUGUAGGAAGCAAUUGUCUGGAGAAUUAGAAAGAAAUGUUGAGGGUUUCUGUAACUUACCAUGUCAAGGUCUGUAAUAGCUGACUUUGCCUGGAAGUGACGAUCUGAAUCAGUUGAGAAGUUCUCGUAUUGCUAACAGUGCAAAUGCUACUUUGUUGCCAAAGAUGUUUGCUUCUUUGUUUUGGGAAGUUUUUAAAGAUUUUCUUUGCAUAUGAUAUAUGCAAUGGAUCUGGAUGUACAAUUUGUAUCGGAACGUACAUGUGCAAUGCUGUUUGAUACAUCAUAUUUACAUGUACAGUCUAUUCGUGUGAAGGGCUUGCCCGGAUUUGUACAUUGAAACUGAUAUGUAAUGUCUGUUUAUUGUCAUGAUAUUGUACGGUAAUUAUAGUGUUUAGUUACAAUAUUGUGUACAAAAUACAAGUAUAAUGUGGUGUAGACAAGUAUACAAAAGGACAACAUGACCGUGAUUGUCAUCGUGUUUGUAAUAGUCAAGAUGUAUAUAGGACUGAGUCGCCAGUUGGAAAAUGAUUAUGUACAUAUCUCAGAGAGGUUUUGAAUCUUAAUUUCGUAGGCACGGCACUACCGACUGAGUAACGUUAUACACGGAGUCGUUUCCUAUUACGAGAGGGGUUGGGUACCUGGAAGCGCAAAUCCCAUCGGGUAAUGGGCGAUCAAUCCAGUAAAAGCGUGCAGAUAAUUGUAGCGAUGUGCAGUGAUGAUAUGAUAGGCGGGCGUGUGGGUCCAUGAGCGCGCUAGAUUAUCUGUGGCUUGGUGUUAUUACCGCUUCUUCGACGAUUGUGCCUUAGGUCAUGAAUAUACUGCAUAACAUGCAUAGACAACUUGCCUCCACCAGAGAUACCGCUGUACAGAGAUUCCGUUUUGCGUUCGAUAAUUGGAUUAGAUAUAGAUAUGCCUGGACGUUUUGACAGUCAGUAGGAACAAAGUGCACGGUGUGACAAUUGUAAACUCUUCAACCAAAUGCGAUGCAUAUCAUUAGCUGUAAAGUAUUCUGAGUGACGUGCAGUUGUGGUCAACUUAAUUUCUGAUCUCCCAAGCUAAGGAAUGAUACUUUGACCAGCUAGAGAGAGAUUUUGGGAAAAGAAGCCACAAAAUAAGGUCUGGAGACUCUUCUGCCAGCAUAUCUGAUUCUCGUGUCUCGUGAGGCACAUUCUCUGGCUCUCCAGCGCAGUAGAACUUGUUUCGAAAGUUGCAAUGAAAACCUACCAUUUCACAUAGAAUUUGCAAUUUCAGUUUCAAUCCAAGUUUUGAAAAAAAAAAACAAAAAAACAACGACAACCCGAUUUAAAAGACAUCGUCCUGGUGAAAUUAUCACGUGCAAAAUUGUUGGACAAUUCAGAAUCUCCUCAAAGUUUCAAACCGAAAAAAAUAUCAUUUUCAUUUAUUCCACACCUUACAAAUUAUCAACAACAUAGUGCGAAACUAUCUUUUUUAAUGUAAUUUGCUUUUAUUCCGACUCAGCGAGUCGCCAAAUUAAGAACAUGUAGAAGUGUGACAACCCUAACUGGGGCAAACAUAUAUAUUCCGUUACAAAUGUUUUGUUACUGUUACGUUUUCAGAGGUUUAAAACUUAACUGUUAAGAGUUUUUUUUUUUUUCAAAUGUAUUCGGAGAGUCUACCAUGACAACAUGUACAUAUGCAGUACGAGAGUCUAUGACUGGUUUGGUGAAUAUUAUAAUAGAUAUGAAGAUGAUUGAUAUCUUGUACAUGUGAUUGUGUCUUCCCCUGAUUCAAACUGGCUAUACCAAAAUGUAAUCUUUUAUCUUGAAACAUUGAUGUUGUAUUUAUAUGGCUGUGGACUAUUGUUGCUUGUGUUUUGAAGAAAAAAUAAAUGAAUGUUUCAUCUAAA